AUGAACUUCACCACCACCACAACAACAACCCUUUCUCUUUCUCUUUUUCUCACACUCUUGACACUAACCAUUAACCUAUGUUUUUCUCUUACCAACGACGGCUUUUUGUUGCAUUCCUUCAAAGAAUCCAUACUCAACGACCCUUUAUUCGUGCUUUCGAAUUGGAACUAUACCGACCAAACACCAUGUUCAUGGAACGGUGUUUCUUGCUCCAUUGUAAAAGAAAACACAAAAAAUGAUACACUGUAUCGUGUUACUGGUUUAUCACUACCAAAUUCUCAGCUUUUAGGUUUAAUUCCCUCCGAUCUUGGUUCCAUUGAACAUCUUCAAAUUCUUGAUCUUUCUAAUAAUUCCCUUAAUGGGUCUCUUCCUUCUUCGUUUUUCCAAGAAAAUUCUGAACUUAGUUUUCUGAAUUUCUCAAACAAUUUGUUAUCGGGAGAAAUUCCAGAGUCUAUAACCGAGCUUAAGAAUCUUCAGUUUCUUAACUUUUCCGACAAUGCUUUUACCGGAAAACUACCAAACAAUCUCUCAAACAUGCAGAACUUAACCGUUGCUUCCUUUAAGAACAAUUACUUAACCGGUUUUCUUCCUAAGGAUUUACGAACUUUACAGGUUUUGGAUCUGUCUUCCAAUUUGUUGAACGGCUCACUAAGUCAAGAUUUCGGCGGUGACUCCAUUCGUUAUUUGAACGUUUCUUACAACAAAUUUUACGGCGAAAUUCCACCGGAGUUUGCCGAGAAAAUUCCGAGUAACGCAAUGGUUGAUCUCUCGUUUAAUAAUCUCACCGGCGAGAUACCGGAUUCCCCGGUUUUUCUGAAUCAGGAAACAACGUCGUUUUCUGGUAACAUUGAUCUAUGUGGAGAAAUUAUGAAAAAUCCAUGUUCUAUUCCUUCUUCUCCUUCUUCUGAACCAAAAGCUUCUUCUCCUGCGAUCGCCGCAAUGCCGAAGAAUUUCGACGAUGAUUCUCCUCCAACGGAUUCCUCAGAGAAAAAACAAAGUGGUUUGAGAAAAGGAACUAUUAUAGGAAUUGUGGUUGGAGAUUUCGUUGGAAUUGGAAUUUUAGCUAUGGUUUUCGUUUACGUAUACAAGUUGAAAAGAAGAAAAGAUGAAGAGAAUGAAAUAAAAAAGGAAGCUACAAUUACAAGAAGUGAAAGUUCAUCGUCAAAUUCCGAAACCAGAGGCUUCACGAGGUGGUCAUGUUUGAGAAAAAGAACAGAAGACGAAGAGUCCUCGGAGACUCCGAGUUCGUCUACCAGUGAAGUGGAAGCAUCACAAAAAAAUGUUGAAGGUGGUGUAAAAGAGAAUCAAACCGGGUCGGGUUCGAAUACGGGUACUCUGGUUACAGUUGAUGGUGAAAGAGAGCUUGAAGUUGAAACGUUAUUGAAAGCUUCUGCGUAUAUUUUAGGAGCUACUGGUUCAAGUAUAAUGUAUAAGGCUGUGCUUGAAGAUGGAACCUCGUUGGCGGUUCGGAGAAUUGGUGAAAGUGGUGUUGAACGGUUCAAGGAUUUCGAGAAUCAGGUUCGGGUUAUAGGAAAACUGGUUCACCCGAACCUGGUUCGGGUUCGUGGUUUUUACUGGGGACAUGAUGAGAAACUCAUUAUCUAUGACUAUGUUCCUAAUGGUUGUCUCGCCAAUGUUCGUUACAGAAAAGUGGGGUCUUCACCUAGCCACUUACCGUGGGAACAACGGCUCAAGAUAGCAAAAGGAGUUGCACGUGGGCUAACGUAUCUCCACGAGAAGAAGCACGUGCAUGGGAAUUUGAAGCCAACGAAUAUUCUAUUGGGCAAUGACAUGGAGCCCAAAAUCGGAGACUUUGGGCUUGAAAGAAUAGUAACAGGUGACACAAGUUAUAAAGCGGGAGGUUCAGCACGUAUUUUCGGGAGUAAGAGAUCAACAACUUCACGGGAUAGUUUUCAAGAUGUUACACUUGGGCCUAGCCCAAGCCCAAGUCCAAGCUCGAUAGGUGGUGUGUCUCCUUAUCAUGCGCCCGAGUCGCUUAGGAAUUUGAAGCCUCAUCCAAAGUGGGAUGUAUAUUCUUUUGGGGUCAUGUUUCUUGAGCUUUUAACAGGAAAGAUUGUAGUUUUGGAUGAUAUGGGCCAAGGGCCCGCGGUAAUGGUCGAGGAUAAAAAUCGGGCUCUGAGGAUGGUUGAUGUGGCAAUUCGGGCUGAUAUGGAAGGGAAGGAGGAGGCUUUGUUGGCUUAUUUUAAGUUAGGAUAUAAUUGUGUCACUAAUGUUCCUCAAAAAAGACCACCAAUGAAAGAAGUGUUGCAAGUUCUAGAAAAAAUACCAUCUACAUUGUCGUAUUGGUCAUGA